AUGAUUUCUGACGAACAUUACGACUUAUGUCGCCCCAUAUUAAACGACCCUGCUAUAGAAGAAGAGGAUAAAAUCGACCGCCUGGAGGAGAUCCUUCGCAAAGACACUACACUUACAGGCCUAGCCUUGGAGAAUGCCAUUCUCGAUGCCCUAUGGAAACAUCGAAAUGCUGCUCGUGGCGAAUCUACCGAGACCCCCUUACGACACAAUGUCAUCCGCAAAUCAUCCCCUGCUCCCUGGCAAUUAAAUCGAGCCCCGACUCCCCUGGGUUCUCCCCCUCCUCUGUCCUCCAGUCCUGCUCUAUCCAUUGGCUUUCCGGCCUCACGACCCAGCUUCUCUCGCCAAAAGUCCAGUGUUCAAUCUCCUUUCGCCUCUCCACGUCCAUCACCUCGUUUGGCCUUGGCACAGCCUAUUCCUCAUAGCCCUAGUCUCAACGCGUAUGAAUUCUCAGAAGCCAGCCCUGCUCCUGACAUCUAUGGCGAUUACGGACAUGAAAAUGUUGACUGGCUGUUGGCUGAUGAGACUGCUAGUAAUGCUUCUUCCAAUGCCGGGGCUCAAAGCCUAAGUGCUGCUGCUCCCGAAUGGCUUCCUCAGCCCGACAUGAGCCCAUACGACAUUUUGCGCUCCGUCCUGGGUGAUAGAAAGUCGGACGACGAGAUCGAAGAGGCCCUCAACAAGAACUCCUAUGACCUAGGUGCUACUAUCGCCUCUUUGUUGGGUACCGAUGCUGCUGAUGCUCAAUACACUGCGGUACCUAAUUCCGAUCCUGGUGUCCUCGUUGGAAAGUCAAUGGCUAUCAAUCAAGUCAGGCCAUCAACCCCUGGUUCCACCAAAAGUCCCAUAGUCUGCAAGUACUGGUUGGCAUCUGGCUCCUGUCUUCGUGCGGAUUGCCGCUUUGCUCACGAUACCAGCGGUUAUCUCUGCAAGUAUUGGAUGAAUGGAAACUGCUUAGCUGGAGAUGCUUGCCAAUUCUCCCAUGACCCUGCUCUGCUCAUCAACCACUUGAGCGUCACAGAAAAUGCCCCGUCACAACCUUUCCAGCUUCAUGACCAGCACGACCAAUUUCCGGCGUUAUCUGGCUCAAAUGUCCGAAGCGCACUUCAAGCUGGGCUGGCUGCCGGAAAUAACUUUGUGCCCUCUAAUCAGAGAAACCGGAGUACUUUGGGUACUAUGGGAUCUAAUUCCCGACCACAGUCUAGGCCCAAUUCUCGGCACCAAAAUCGUCCCGAGACACCUUCUUCUCUGUCUAUGGAUGAUCCCGAAGCCUUUCCAUCCCUUGGCUCACUUAGUGGCAAACGAGGAUCUAAGCACCACGGCCAUCGAUCCCGGCAUGGACAUACUCCUUUGGAGAAAGAGGUGCCUUCAUCUCUAGCCGAUGUGGUUCGAAUGUCGCCCUCCCCAGCCCCUGGGCAGCAACGAAGGAACGAGACUGGUAGAAGAAUAAGAACUUACGGUGGAUCCGAAAGCGCAGCAGCCAGGAAAAUCCCCGAACCCCAGCACAUUCCAUGGUUAGAGACUGGCGGUCGAGCUAAUCAACAGUAUUUAAAAUUCAGACAAGAGGCCAUAAAGCAUGGAAGUAUCCGUAACAAAUUCUUGCAAAGUGCGGCACAAGCUUGGAAUCGUAAUGAUGCGCGAGCUGCCAAAGCCCUUUCUCUUCGAGGACAGGCAGAAAACGAUGCUAUGAGAAAAGCACACCGGGAAGCUGCACAAGCAUUGUAUGAAGAACGAAAUAAACAUCUUACCAAUACGCCCGCCGAUGACGACGAAGAACUAUAUAUUGAUCUUCAUGGUCUACACCCGGAAGAAGCCAUUGAAUAUCUGGAAAACAUUCUAUUAACUCACUCCAAGCGUGGUCGCAGAAUCAUUUAUGCAAUCACAGGAACCGGACAUCACAGCAAGAAUGGCAAGGACAAGGUGGGUAAGGGAGUUCGUAACUGGUUGAACGAAUGGGGCUAUACUUUCCGAGAGUUCAGUGUACCUGGAGAAAGAGGAGGAUAUAUUGGCGGAGUGUUGGGGAUUGAUAUCACCAGUCACCGACGACAGCCACUUUCUAAUGAGAGCAGUUCAAGUUUAAAAGGAGACGAGGAGGAGAGUGAGACAUCACCAUCUCCUGCCCCUGCAGUCACUGUGGGUAACCUGGGUGGCAAGAUCCAGGUACUGAAGCGUGAGGAAGUACCCGCAUGA